AUGAGCGUGGGACACGAAGAAGGCUCGAAUCCGCGAAAGGACCUUGCGCCCCUUUCGACCGAGGUGAAGACGGUUUUGAUGAGAAGAGAGAGGGUAAUAGAUCCAAGGCGGAAACGACCAAAGAUCGUUUGGCGCUUCAAGCUCGCUAAUGCGCAUAGGCAGGCUCUCGGAGACAACAAGGGGAUUGCCCACCCUGCUCGAGGUGGUAGCCAAGCCAGGCAAGAUCCAGUCAUGAUAUCGGAGUCGGAUGGAAGAGGCGAGAAAGGGGUGGGGGAAAUGCGUGGCAGGCAGGGGCUAGGGGUGAAGUGCAGAGAAGUUGAGAAGGCCACGGUUGGGAGUGAGGGGAUUGAGCUGGCAGACGGCCGCGCUCUUCAUCUCAAUGCUCAGAUUCCGGGCUGGUUCAUGGAUGGAGGUGGUGUGUGGUUCCCGUGUGUUCGUGAUCUUGUUCCACUGUCGUGCAAUCGGACAGCGGAGAUGGGAGAGCCAGUAGAUGUCUCUCCGGACAAACGAGCCCUCUACCUUGGCUUCGGGUACGGGACUCCCGUGUUCGUGCGAGAGGCAGAAAUUGCCAUGGCGUAUGGGACAAACUGGUUCAUGGGUACGUAUACCUACAGUGGGGACCCAUUAGUGUCCAUACAGCGCACAGUAUCCCGCAAAAUCAGGGAUUUUCAACAGGAUCCCGCCCUUCAUCUCAUACCGCCUCAUGCAACGCUUCCCUUGGCACCCCUGCUCUGCAUCUACUUCCUCACAACCCUCCUGCGUCUUCGUAUCGCCGACGACAAAGUUCAAAUCCGGCAUGGGAUUCAUAACAAAAUAAUGGGAAUUCCGGUCCGGAGUAUCCGCACAAUCAGUAAUAUCCAUGGCUGGGGUUACCAUGAUCCAUCAUUUCCGCCCGGGGUUGCUUGGGUUGAGAACUGUACGGGUACGGAUACAGUUACCCAAUUUCGAUAA